CGCUCUCAGAGCAGCGUUCCAGCUAGCGGCUGUUGACGCACAGCCUGUGGUGUGGGCAGCGUAACGGUGUGUGGUUACUCUCCUUUGGACUGGUACUAAAAUAAUAGUUGUUUUUCUUUUCACGAACGUUUUUGCGAAGGACCUCCUAUUUGAGCGUUUGUCUUCGUGUUCUCUGCGAGUAAAGUGAGGCUCUGGGCGGGGAAGGUUUUGCUACAGACUAGCAGCAGCGAGCGGAUCAGCUGCCGAGCGAGCAACACUUCACAGCUUUUAUGGGAAGAAGGGGGUUUAAGUUUCCGGUGUUUAGACAACAAUGCAGUGAUUACAUACGUGGCUUGUUGUCGACUCAAUAUUAGCCUUUAGUCCUUUUACUUUUAGUUUGGACUCCGAAAGAUUCAUGGUCAGUUGGAGAUGAAGAGCUAAAUUGAUGCUUGGAUUCAGCUACAAAUGAGAUGAGUCAGCUUUGGUGGCGAGCCAAGCGUCUGUCGGAGAGGUUGGGAAGCGACUCUCCUCAUGGCAUUCCUCCAGGCUCCCCGAGCACUGUGGCCCCACACGGGUCCAACUCCUCUUGGGCACCCAUUGCCCCAAUGGUCAGGCCAGAGGAGCCAAUCUUCCUCAUGACGUCCACUGCCCAGGCUAUCUCUGGGUUCUUUGUGUGGACAGCGCUUCUCAUCACAUGUCACCAGAUCUACAUGCACCUCCGUUACUACAGCUCUCCAAAUGAGCAGAGGCACAUAGUCAGGAUCCUCUUCAUAGUCCCCAUCUACGCCUUCGACUCCUGGCUCAGCCUCCUUUUCUUCACCACUGAGGAGUAUUACGUGUACUUCGACACAGUCCGAGACUGCUAUGAAGCUUUUGUCAUCUACAACUUCCUGAGUUUGUGUUAUGAAUAUCUGGGAGGAGAAAGCGCCAUCAUGGCUGAAAUCAGAGGGAAACCCAUUGAGUCGAGCUGCAUGUACGGGACCUGCUGUCUCUGGGGCAAGGCCUACUCCAUUGGUUUUCUCAGGUUUUGCAAACAGGCCACUCUCCAGUUCUGUGUGGUUAAACCUCUGAUGGCGAUGAUCACUGUCAUUCUUCAGGCCUUUGGGAAAUACAAAGAUGGAGACUUCAAUGUGACCCGUGGCUACCUGUACGUCACCAUCAUCAACAACAUCUCUGUGACUUUGUCACUCUACGCUCUCUUCCUCUUCUACUUUGCUACACGUGAGCUGCUGGUCCCUUACAACCCCGUGCUCAAGUUCUUCAUGGUGAAGUCGGUCAUCUUUCUCUCCUUCUGGCAGGGGAUGCUCCUGGCCAUCCUGGAGAAAUGCGGCGCGAUUCCUCAGAUCAACUCCUCCGACUUCUCUGUGGGUGAAGGAACGGUCGCAGCCGGCUAUCAGAACUUCAUCAUCUGCAUUGAGAUGUUCUUCGCUGCUGUGGCUCUGCGCCACGCCUUUACCUACAAGGUCUACAUGGACAAAAGGCUGGACUCAUACGGCUCAUUUCCAAUCUAUGGACAAUACGGUCGCUGCGCUCCGAUGAAGAGCAUCUCCAGCAGCCUUAAGGAAACCAUGAAUCCCGGGGAUAUGGUCCAGGACGCCAUCCAUAAUUUCUCUCCGGCGUACCAGCAGUACACCCAGCAGUCCACGCUGGAGCGAGGCGGGGGGCCGUCCCUGUCCCGCAGCCACAGUAACAUCAGCACCCGGGGGGACAACGAGAAAACCCUCUUGCUGAGCUCUGAUGAUGAGUUCUAAGACUCUCUAAAGCUUACAUGAAUCUGAUCUUUUAUUUAAGCCUUAACAUUAAAUGUUAAAUUAGUUUUAAUUUGGAUUAGAAUGGGAGCUCAGAUUUAUGUUGGACUGAUGGUGGUGAUCAGACCGCAGCAACAGAGGUGUGAGAGAGCAUGAAGAGUGAGCUCAGAGAGUUGAGGAGUGACAAGUGGACCAUCAGAUUCUUUAAAGGCCAAGUUGUUAAUUGUGUUGAUGUCAUAUAGCAGCUAAACUAGCUAACUAGCUAAAUAUCUGGAAAUAUCUCCAGAAUAUGGAUUAGUACAAAUAACCGUGCCUCCUUAUAGCAUUUGGUUAAUGCACUUUAGAUGGUACAGCACUAAAGAUAAGCCAGAGAAAAUAAGUGCCACCUUCAUAUAAAACACAUGGCUUUCUUAGUUUUUUUUUUCAUAUUAAAAUAUUGCCAAAAAGAACUCUGAGUUCCACUGAUUUUAAGCAUAGAGCUGCUUUAAAGUGAAAGGUACAGAGCUUUGAUCUGCUGGCUUUAGGUGUUUUAUGAUCUUUUUUUUUUAUCACAAAUAAUUUUAUAUGUUAUGCUGUGUGUACAACUCAUUAACACACUGUCUGAGAAAUGUAUGUCAGCUAUAUUAUGGAAAUACUAUGUACUUUGUUGUUCUUGUAGGUUUGUUUGAUGCAAAGAAGUGAAAGUGAAUCCAACCUUCGGUUUAUGGUCUGUUCAGCCCUGACAGAACAGCUGUAGGAGAGGUUGUUUUGGGGUUUUUCAGCGUGGGCGAAGGGCCGAGCAGAAGGACGGCGCCCACGCAGAUUACAGAUUACCGAAGAAGCAGUGCUUCCUGCUGAGCUGCCCCAGCUGUGAUAUGCUGGAGUCUGUAAUCUUAUAAUUGAUGCUAUGUUGAGCACGGAUCAGGCCUGCCCCUGCUGGUUCUUACAUGUAAUGGCAUUUCAGAUUUAAUAUCAUGAUACUUUGGUUAAAGGAAGGCUCUAACUGUAGGGGGAUUCAUAUUCCUGACCGUACAAAAAUUUUAAUGUUAUGUUGAAAAGUAAGAAUAAUCUUUUAAGGAUGUAUCAAAGCAGAAAAUUGUGAUUUCUGUGACCUUUCUCCAAGACAUGAUGGAAAUCCUUAACUUUUACAUCUCAGCCAUUACUUGCUGGGCUUUGUCACGCCUUGAAUGUAUAUCUUGUGUUUAUGAAUUCAUAAUCCAAUCAUGUUUUACAUAUCAAUUUAGGUUGAUGAUUGCAGGCAAAAAACAAGGCACCUCAGAGUACAGCUCAUAUAAAUCAAGGAAUUCAGUGAAGUUGGACUCUCAGUUUGACGAGUAUCUUAUUAUUGAUUAGGGAUGUCCUGUUCUGAUCCAAAGUAUCCCAUGUAUCUGACGAAACCCAACACCCACUAUAUGUUUAUUGUAUUGUGGUCAUCGUUUCCUCGAUUGAUUAAAAUCAAAGCCUAUAUGUAUGUGGACCUGCUCCGCGCUGUGUUCAGCUGUUCCCAGACAGCUAUUGGAAAGGAGAGAACUGCGCAGAGAGCAACUGAGACGGCAGUUAUUACAUUUUAUGACAUUCAAAGCAAAGCCCUAAGUUAAUGAUGCAUGAGAAUACAUUUUUCUACAAGUUUUGUUCAGACACAAUCAACUGAAGCCACACUGAAUUAUUAAUAAGUCAUACCAAAACAGAGCAAAUAUGCUAGCGUUAGUCUACCAUUUCAGCAAAAAAGAUGAGUUCAAUAAAAGACUAGUGGUAUGUGUCAAGACUGAUGUAUCUUUGGAAACUUUAGGCGGUCCUGUAUCUCCACUUGAGAUAAAAUGUGUCACUGAAGAAAAUCAUAACAUAACAUUUGGAAUUGGUGAGAGUUGAUUAUGAUGAAAUGCUGUUGAAUGAAUUCAAUUUGUAUUGGAGCCAAAAAAAAAGUCCCGAUCAGUACAUGCCUUUUCUUUUUUUUCCCUAGAGUAUUGUUUUUUUAUAUUCUGCAGAAUAUAGGUUUAUUAUAGUAGUUUUGCAGUUGGCUGCUAAUAUACUUCGUCAAACUAUUAUCUGUUCAGAAUAACAAAUACAUCGUUUGUGUAUCCUUCUCUCAAAUCUUCUGUGCUUACUACACUAGUUUGAAAAAGUCAAAUUCACUAAUGAAACUUCAGUGUCAAUUCAUAUUUUACUCUUGAUUUUAGUAUCUUGAUUUAAAACAAUAUAAAAUAGGUUUGAUAUUAGGUAUAAAGCUUUUUGAGUUGUGUAAAUAGUUCAUUCAAGCCCUGUGAGAUACUUGUAGGGGGUGAAUGUGUAAGGCAUUGCUAUAUAUAACGCUCUGUUUGAAUAUUUUAGCAUUGAGUUUUUCAAUUUUAUAUUUCCUGCUGUUUUUGGUUGUAUACUUUUUCAUAUGUAUAUGGGUUAUUUGUUUUGAUGCUAUAUUGACUUCAGUUGAUGUUGGAAAGCAAAUAAAGGAAAUAUGGGGAAAAUUA